AUGCCGGGCACCCCCUCCACCCAGUCCGGCGGCGGCCCACAGCGCGCCCCACUGAUGCGCCGCGAAAGCAGCCAGACGUCGCACAGCUCGAGAAACAACGUCGCAUCCCCCGGCUCCGGCGAGCACCCCCUCCGCGGCCACGCCGUCAAGCCCGCCGCGCGCCACAAAGGCGUCAUCCUCCCGCGCAACCACUCCAGCGCCCGCAACCUCCAGAAGCUAAAUCGCCCGGCGCAAGCGCAUCAUCACGCCGCCGAGGAAGGGCGCAGGAGGCAGCGGUCGCAUGAGGGGGAUACGGAGAUACGGCUACCGGGGAGUCUGGACGAGAGCAGGCCGCCGCCGAUGAGGAGGAAUAUGACGGCGUAUCAGUUACCGAGGAACACGUCGCAUUCGAAGUUGAAGAAGAACCUGUCGCAUGGGCAGCUCACGCGAUUAGGGUCGACGAAGAAUCUCGCCGGGUUGACGGCAAAGGGACCGCCGUCGCCGGGUUUGAAGGCGAGGAAGAAGAGGCCUAAGUCGGAGGACUUUAGCCAUAUGGAGAAGGACUUGCAUGAGCAGGAGGUCGAGCUUGCGCGGCAGCGGCAUGAGCGGAAGGGGAGUGGUGGGAAGAAAGUUGGGUUCGCGGUGGGGAGUGACGAAGGUGAUAGCGAAGGGGAGGGUUUGACUGAGCAGAUGGAGGGCAGUGGGCUGCAGGAGGACGACUGGACCGAUCAGAGCGCCAGCGCGAGUCCGUAUAGCACGAGGCAGAACACGGCGAACAAUUCGAGGAGAACGAGCAUGAUUCUGGAUAAGCCGCCUGAUAAGGCGCAUUCGCCGUUGAAGGCGGUCACGAAUCAAAAGGAGAGAGAGGAGAGCACGUAUACGGAGUCAGGUCUGGCGACGGAAUCGAGACCGGGCUUGCAGCAGGGCGAGGUAUUGGAGCAGAAUGGAGCGAGCGAGAGUAAACCUGCGAAUGGGGUGGAGGAUGACGAGGAAGAUGAGGACGAGGAUGAUGAAGAAGAUGCUGACAAGGACAGCGAAGACGAAGACGAAGACGAGGAGGAAGACGACCCGCCGAGCCCACGAAGCAUGCCACAGGUGAUGAAGCGAGGUGAGGUUCCAGCAGAGACCUCACCUCCCGUCCCAGAAAGUGCAAAAGUCAUGCAGAGGUCACCUCUACACGCCGCGAAAGAUCACCCCAGUCCCGCGACGCAACGCAUACUAAGUCGAGGCCCAUCGCAUAAUCCAGCGCCAGCUCUUGUUAGCAACGUCAGUGCGAUGGAUGUUGCGCAUAGCACUCAGCCUUCACCCGCACCGUCUAUGAGAUCGUCGAGAUCAAAUAUCGGCGAAGGCAGCGUCGAGCAAGACUCUGGGGAGUUGGUCUCACGCUUCCUUCCCAGUGCUUCUCACCCAUCCACCGGAAGUGGUGGCAAUACGGCCAUGAAUACACCAAAGACCAGCAACUUCCACACACCUGAGAACGAAAGCGUUCUCUCCUCCCAACAACUCGAUGGAUCACGCUCUCGACUUCACCUCGGCGCCAUAAGCCCCGGUUCCUACUCCGGCUCCUCUGGCGCAGCGACGCCCUCAACAGCCCGGUCCCGCACCGAACUCCGCAUGAUGAACGACAAAGCCAUGGCCGACCGUGAGGACCAAGCCCGCCUCAACCCCGUCAUCCCCGCCCACGUCUUCGACCGGCGCAACGAAACCCUCAAAUGGCAGAACGUCGAAGAUGGCCCUGCAGCCAACACCGCGCCCAUGACCCCGGACCUCUUCCAGGGCCGCUUCAAAGCCAUCAACACCGAGUUGAAAGUCGUCCAGCGCUUCCGUGACCCCAUCGCCGAAUCCAUGGCUCGUCUGAAACACCAGCAAGGCGCGCGCUUCGCACAGCUCCGCGGGCACAAGCCUGCCUCACAAGCCCAGCAGACGCCUUCAGCACAGAUGGCGAUCAAUCGCUCUGCAUCCCAGCGCGCGAAGGGAAAGCAGCCUCAAUCAAGCAAUCUCUCCACCUCAGCAUCCCCGCCCAAAUAUUCCACCAGCCCCGCUAAGCCGGCGCUCGCAGGGUCGAAGAGCACGACGCAGUUGCCGCGGAAGGCGGAGGCGAGACGUGGUAGAGUCACGUUUUCGGAGACGCCGCCGGAGGUCGGGGAGGCUGCGGAGAGGGAUGCGGGGAUGGGGGCGGAUGCGGUAGCGAGGGCGAUGUGGGGGGCGUUGUACGCAUCGACAGAGGGGUGA